GCAACACGCCAGCGCCCUGACGGAUUACAAGAACGUGAUGACGAAGGACGUUCUCUCUUUGCCCCAUCUACUGCGAGCUGGCGAUUUCCGUUUGGAGCGGAACUGUGCUCGGUGUCUGGUGUAGAACGUUCCCUGCUCCAGCCUUCUUACCCGGGUGUUUGUGUUUCAGAAUGAAGACCAUUCUCAGCAAUCAGACUGUCGACAUUCCAGAAAAUGUCGACAUCACUCUGAAGGGGCGCACAGUCAUUGUGAAGGGCCCCAGAGGAACUCUGAGGAGGGACUUCAAUCACAUCAAUGUAGAGCUGAGUCUUCUUGGAAAGAAAAAGAAAAGGCUCCGUGUUGACAAGUGGUGGGGUAACAGGAAGGAACUGGCCACUGUCAGAACCAUCUGCAGUCAUGUUCAGAACAUGAUCAAGGGUGUGACACUGGGCUUCCGUUACAAGAUGAGGUCUGUGUAUGCUCACUUCCCUAUCAACGUCGUUAUUCAGGAGAAUGGGUCUCUGGUUGAAAUCCGAAAUUUCUUGGGUGAAAAAUACAUCCGGAGGGUUCGGAUGAGGACAGGUGUUGCUUGUUCUGUCUCUCAAGCCCAGAAGGAUGAGUUAAUCCUUGAAGGAAAUGAUAUUGAACUUGUUUCAAAUUCAGCGGCUCUGAUUCAGCAAGCCACAACAGUUAAAAACAAGGAUAUCAGGAAGUUUUUGGAUGGCAUCUAUGUUUCUGAGAAGGGAACCGUCCAGCAGCCUGACGAAUGAGACCUCAGUUUCCUAGCUUCAGAAACAAGAUCCUGAUAACAAGUACAGUUUGGGCUCUGUGGAAACAAUAAAAGACUUAUAUAUUGA